AUGAAAUCCUCUGUGUCUCGGCAGAUGUUCUCCACCAAAGGGGGCUUCAGCACCAACUCUGCCAGUGGAGGGGGCGGGUCCCGGGCCCGCACCAGCUUCAGCUCGGUGACGGUGUCCCGGAGCAGUGGCAGUGGUGGGGGGGCCCAUUGUGGCCCCAGCAUGGGCAACUUUGGCAGCCGGAGCCUCCAUAACUUGGGGGGCAGCAAGAGCAUCUCGGUCAGCGUGGCUGGUGGGGCCUCGUCAGGGCAGGCCCUGGGAGGCUUCGUCUUUGGCAGCAGGGCCUACACAGGCCUGGGGGCUGGCAGGCAGACGUUCGGGCCCGUCUGUCCUCCUGGAGGCAUCCAGGAAGUCACUGUCAACCAGAGCCUGCUGACCCCCCUCAACGUGGAGAUAGACCCUGAGAUCCAGCGGGUGCGCACCCAGGAGCGGGAGCAAAUCAAGACCCUCAACAAUAAGUUCGCCUCCUUCAUCGACAAGGUGAGGUUCCUGGAGCAGCAGAAUAAGGUGCUGGAGACCAAGUGGGCCCUGCUGCAGGAGCAGGGCCAGAACUCAGGCGUCACCAGGAACCUGGAACCCCUCUUUGAGAACUACCUGGGCAACCUGCGGAGGCAGCUGGACAACCUCCAGAGCGAGCGGGGGAGGCUGGACUUGGAGCUGAGGAACGUGCAGGAUCAGGUGGAGGACUUCAGGAACAAGUACGAGGAUGAAAUCAACAAGCGCACGGCCGCGGAGAAUGAGUUCGUGGUGCUCAAGAAGGAUGUGGAUGCCGCGUACAUGGGCCGGAUGGACCUACAUGGCAAAGUGGGCACCUUGAGCGAGGAGCUCGACUUCCUGAAUCAUCUCUAUGACAUGGAGCUGAGCCAAGUGCAGACCCACGUGUCUGACACCAAUGUCAUCCUCUCCAUGGACAACAACCGCGACCUUGACCUGGACAGCAUCAUCGCCGAGGUCAAGGCCCAGUACGAGCUGAUUGCCCAGAGGAGCAGGGCUGAGGCCGAGGCCUGGUACCAGACCCAGUACGAGGAGCUGCAGGUGACCGCCGGGAAGCAUGGGGACAGCCUGCGGGACACCAAGAACGAGAUUGCUGAGCUCACCCGCACCGUCCAGAGGCUGCAGGGUGAGGUGGAUGCCGCCAAGAAGCAGUGCCAGCAGCUGCAGACUGCUAUCGUGGAAGCUGAGAAGCGUGGGGAUCUGGCAUUGAAGGAUGCUCAGAAGAAGCUUGGGGACCUGGACGCAGCCCUGCACCAGGCCAAGGAGGACCUGGCCCGGCUGCUGCGCGAGUACCAGGCCCUCAUGAACGUCAAGCUGGCCCUGGACGUGGAGAUCGCCACCUACCGCAAGCUGCUGGAGGGCGAGGAGAGCAGGAUGUCUGGAGAAUGUCCCAGUGCAGUCAGCAUCUCGGUGACCGGCAAUGCCACCACUGUGUGCAGAGGCGGCGCGGCUGGCUUUGGAAGUGGCAUCUCCUUGGGAGGGUGUGGGGGGGCCAGCAAGGGUCGCUUCAGCACCAAUGUGGGCUACAGCACUGUCAAAGGAGGGCCCGUCUCUGGGGGCACCUCCAUCCUGCGGAAGACCCCCACAGUCAAUACGUCCAGCAGGAAGUAUUAG